CUUGGCUCCAGGGGCCAACGGCCGGAAUUGCACGGGAAAGGUCAGGAGCGCGAUCACCGGACACAAACGGCGGGCCGGCUAGAGCGGCUCGAACCGUGCUGCCGCUCUCGCUGUUCUGUUGCUCUCUAUGGUUAGGAACGCAAGUCCCUCCUCCGCCCGGAAACCUUUAAGUUCCUGAACGCUUGCGCAAGGCCAGGAGGUAGUUCCGGUUCCGGUGUGGCGAUAUUUCGUUCUCGGUGUUCAGUUGUUGCGGUUGGUGGGCAGUAACUGAGCGAAGAUGCUGCGGAAUCUGUUGGGCCUCCGUCAGAUUGCCCAGAGGACCAUAAGCACUGCUUCACGCAGGCAUUUUGAAAAUAAAGUUCCAGAGAAGCAAAAGCUGUUUCAGGAGGAUGAUGGAAUUCCAGUGCAUCUAAAGGGUGGGGUAGCUGAUGCCAUCCUGUAUAGACUCACCAUGGUUCUUACAGUUGGUGGAACAGCAUAUGCCAUAUAUCAGCUGGCUGUGGCUUCAUUUCCCAAGAAGCAGGAUUGACUUCAGUCAUUGCAGCAAUCACUUGGUUCAGUUUCAUUCAGCUCUUCAUGGACCAGUCAUCUGAUAAAUAACUGAGCUCUUCUUUGGGAAUCAAUAUUUAUUGACUUGUACUAACUGCCAUCAAUAAAGCAGUCUUUACCAUG